AUGUGCCCUAUUCGACUCGUCAUCAGCUCACAAGGAGGUCACACGCCGAGCUCUCUCCACCGAUCAGCGCAAGCUUUUCGCCCAAACGGCUCAAGACUCGUAACAUGUUCUAGUACCGAGUCGUCACGCAAGCUCCAGGAUCGCGCUGUUGCUCGCCGUGCGGAAACAAUAAGGAAACUACGUGACGAGCAUCUCCAGCGUCGCCUUAACGACCACGAGUCAGAUCUUGACGUGACUGCGGACACAGCAUCCAGUGUUCUGUUCGACGGUGAAACCACGUUCAUCGUGGAGCCUGAGCUAACUGAGGGACCGUACUAUGUCCGUGGGGAGCUCAUUCGUACUGACAUGCGCGAGAAACAAACCGGUGUCACGAUGUAUAUCGAUAUUCAAGUGAUUAACGUGAACGACUGCACGCCCGUCAAGGACAUGUACGUGGACUUGUGGCAUGCUAAUGCCACAGGUGUGUUCUCGGGCGUGGUAGCGAGUACCAACGGCAACAGUGCGGAUCAAUCCAAUCUCCAAAACACCUUUCUGCGUGGUGUAACACCCACGGACGACGACGGUGUCGCCGAGAUGAUCUCCAUUUUUCCCGGGCACUAUGCUGGGCGCACUACUCACCUGCAUUUCAUCGGUAACUACGGCGGUACAGUCCUCUCCAACAAGACGUACGCUGGCUCUUCAGUAGCCCAUGUGGGUCAGUUCUUCUUCGAGCAAGACCUGAUCGACGCAGUGGAGGCGGUGACUCCGUACUCGACCAACAAGCAAACACUUACAGCAACCGCGACUCUGUGA